UACGAGGCAGACGCUAAAUAUCGAUCGAAGAUUAUAGACCGAGUGGAAAUGUGUGCGUUGAAGGUGGUGUCAGGAGUCAAAGCAGUGGCAAGUGGCAAAUGCAAGAUUGUGUUAUGGACGUGUCUAUGUGGAUAUCAACGACAUAUCAAAUACACGAGAAUACCGACGAUUUCGAGAACUUCGAUACGGGUGGCCCAUUCGUGGGAUUCAGGCCAGAGAACAUAGGAUCCAGACCACAGCAGCAUUCAGGCUCCUAUGGUCAUGGAAAUAGGCCGUUCGUGACGACUUAUCCGAAUAACAACGGAGUCUUGGUAGGACCUGAUGGACCGACAGGAAUUAUUGGAAGGCCACAUCCACCGAGCGGAUCGAUCAUCGAUUACGACGAUAAUUUAGAUUCUGGACAUGUACCCUUCCAAUAUCCAAAAGGAACACGUUAUCGCGAAUACGAUACCUGCAAAUGUAGAUACAGUUUUAACUGUCCAUCGGUUGGAUUAAAAUUCGGUGCUUGUGCAGAUGGCAAACGAUAUUGUUGUUUCAACAGUAAAAGAUAUCCAACGUUAGUAUCAGGUGAUCCACGUGACAGACAUUGAUCGUUUAACCACGUAUGUACGUACGCAUUAUUCUCGAAUUAGUCACGACGAAAAAAUAGAUGCAACGUUCUACUAUCAUGGAUUAGUUGACAUUAAGUUGAUGAUGGAUGUGAAAAGAUUUAUCGUGUUUCUUACUCGUAAAUAUCUAUUUAUAAAGAUGGAAAAAAGAUAUAUAUGUAUAUAUAUAUCUCAUUUUUUCUUUCUAGUCUUUGUAAAUAAACAUUCAUGAGCAAAAAAUACAAUGUAAAUUAAUAUAGAUCCUACAUAGUCGCUACAUAGAAUGUCAAUGAGAAUUCUCGUGAAUAAAUUCUAAUCGCAUCGAA